AAAGAACAAAAUCAACAUUGGCGUCCAACAGUUCCCACCUAAAACAUCAACCUAAAGUCUUAAACUAACUCAACUAAGAUAAAACCAACUCCAUUCUUUUCUUCACAAGUACCUUCUCUAUAUAUCACAGCAUAUCAAAUUUUUUUGGAGAACUCAGAAACACAGUAAAAUAUGGGAAAGAUAAACUCAAUUCUAUUGUUUUGCUCUAUUGCUAUUGUCAUAUUAUUGACAAUUCCAGUAGCUCAUUGUAAUAUUGCCCAAGGACCUAAAGCAGUAGAUAACUGGUUCCAAAAGCUUUCCCAUGCAAAACAAAAAAUGACCAAACUUCACUUCUACUUUCACGAUAUAGUUAGUGGCAGAAGCCCAACUGCAGUACCAAUCGCGCAGGCCAAUUCUACAUCUCAUUCGCCUACGGCUUUUGGUCAGCUGGCGGUAUUGGACGAUCGAUUGACAACGGCACCAGAAAUCAAUUCGACGACUAUUGGUCGAGCUCAAGGAAUUGUUGGUGCAGCCUCUCUCGAGGAAUUCAGUUUGCUGAUGAGUCUAAAUUUUGUGUUUACUAACGGAAAGUACAGCGGUAGUACACUUAGUCUCCUUGGCUGUAACACUAUCUUGAAUGAAUUCCGAGAGAUGCCGAUUGUUGGUGGUUCUGGUGUUUUCCGACUAGCUCGAGGUGUCGCUACCGCGAAGACACAUACUUUGAGUAAGAAUGGUGAUGCUAUUGUUGAGUAUAAUAUUGUAGUAUUGCAUUAUUGAGUUGGCAUAUGUUGUGCCGGCCACGGAAUUGCUAAUUGUAUUUGAUUUGUCCUUUUUCUCAUAUGUACUUUCUUUUUCGUCUUUCAUUCUAGUGUUCAUUGCUAAUUGCAUUUUGAUU